AAAAAAGAUAUUUUUGUUGAUCACCUUUCACCAUUCCAAAACCUGUCAUAUAAAAAAUAAGAAAAAAAAAAUUAGGGUUUCUAAUUCUUAUUCUGAUUCUUCUGGAUCUAUUAUUGUUACAUAACAACCAGAACAACAGCGAAUAUUACAUAAACUCUUCGAUUUCUAGGGUUUUUGUUGCUCCAGGGACUUUUGGAUUUUGGGUGUUCAAUUGAAGUUUUGGAAUUGAAUUAGUGUUGUGGGAUUGCAAAAGAGGGUUUUCCUAUUGGAGUUUGUGGUUUUGUGAAUUGUAAUGAGUAAACGAACUUCGUGGGCAGAUUUGGCUGCAAAUUCUGCAGCUGAGAAUUCAUUUGAUAAUUCUGUAGCUGAGGAAAAGGUGUCUGCAAAUUCUGCGUCCGAGAGGGCAUCUGCAAAUUCUGCUUCUGAGAAGGCAUCUGCUGGUUCCUUUGGUAACAAUGGAAGUGUAGGGGGGAACACUUCAGCAGCCCCUAAUCGACCUGCUUACAUACCUCCACAUCUCCGUAACCGCGUGCCCUCUUCAGACCCACCAGCUCCUGCUUAUAGUGGGCCUUCCUUGAGUAAUGAUCGUCAGGGACAUGGUGGAUCUCGUGGGGGUGGUCCCCGAAAUGACUUUCGAUCUGGAUAUGGUGCUGGUGGUGGGGGUGGUAGAGGAAGUAACUGGGGCACCAGAAGUGGUGGUUGGGAUCGUGGGAGAGAGCGGGAAGUGAAUCCGUUCGGUGAUGAUAUUGACAGCGAGCAAGUGUUUACUGAGCAAGAGAGUACUGGUAUUAACUUUGACGCAUACGAAGACAUUCCGGUUGAGACAAGUGGGGAAAAUGUGCCGCCACCUGUAAACACCUUUGCAGAGAUUGACUUGGGUGAAGCAUUAAAUCUGAAUAUCCGCAGGUGCAAAUAUGUGAAGCCAACACCUGUACAGCGGCAUGCAAUACCAAUCUCUCUUGGGGGCCGGGAUCUGAUGGCAUGCGCCCAGACUGGUUCUGGCAAGACUGCUGCUUUCUGUUUCCCAAUUAUUAGUGGAAUUAUGAAAAUGCAAGGACAAAGUGCACAGAGGCCAUUGCGUGGGGCACGUACGGUGUACCCUCUAGCUCUUAUUCUUUCUCCAACUAGGGAGCUUUCAAUGCAGAUCCAUGAAGAAGCAAGGAAAUUCUCUUAUCAAACAGGUGUUAAGGUUGUUGUUGCUUAUGGAGGAGCACCAAUUAAUCAACAGCUGCGGGAACUUGAGAGAGGUGUUGAUAUUCUUGUGGCAACUCCAGGAAGACUGGUAGAUUUGUUGGAGAGAGCUAGAGUGUCAUUGCAGAUGGUUAGGUAUUUGGCCCUAGAUGAGGCAGAUAGGAUGCUGGAUAUGGGUUUUGAGCCGCAGAUAAGGAAAAUUGUGGAACAGAAUGAUAUGCCUCGGCCAGGGGCAAGACAGACGAUGCUGUUCAGUGCUACCUUUCCAAAAGAGAUACAGAGAUUAGCUACUGAUUUCUUAUUUAAUUACAUCUUUUUGGCUGUUGGACGAGUGGGCUCAAGUACUGAUUUGAUCGUUCAAAGAGUUGAAUUUGUUCAGGAGUCUGACAAAAGAAGUCACCUCAUGGACCUUCUUCACGCACAGAGGGCAAAUGGCGUCCAGGGCAAGCAAGCAUUAACUUUAGUUUUUGUGGAGACAAAGAAGGGUGCUGAUUCACUUGAACAUUGGUUGUAUGUUAAUGGGUUCCCUGCUACUAGCAUACACGGUGAUAGAUCGCAACAGGAAAGAGAACAGGCAUUGCGUUCGUUUAGAAGUGGUAACACCCCAAUCCUGGUAGCAACUGAUGUUGCAGCACGUGGACUUGAUAUUCCUCAUGUUGCACAUGUGGUCAACUUUGAUCUCCCAAAUGAUAUUGAUGAUUACGUCCAUCGUAUUGGACGGACAGGGAGAGCUGGAAAAAGUGGUCUUGCAACUGCCUUCUUCAAUGAGGGCAAUGCAUCGCUGGCCAUGGCAUUAGCUGAUUUAAUGCAAGAAUCGAAUCAAGAAGUACCUGCUUGGCUCUCUCGUUAUGCAGCUCGUUCUUCUUAUGGUGGAGGGAGAAACCGCCGUUCUGGAGGAGGCAGGUUUGGUGGCCGUGACUUCCGAAGGGAAUCUGGUGGAGGAAACAGUGGCGGUGGAUAUGGGCCUUCCGGUGGAUAUGGGCAUUCCAGUGGAUAUGGGCAUUCCGGUGGAUAUGGCGGGUACGGUGCAGUGGGCCCUAGUGCAUGGGAUUAAUGGUAGGAUAUCUUGAAUGGCUUACAAUACUGUGUCUGGUGGUUGUGGAUUGCCCCCUUUAUUAUACUGGAGUAUAUUUUGUUAUUCUUGUCUUUUAGUUAGUAUUUUUUAGCCGUCUCUGUUAGUAUACUCUUUAGAAGUGAUAUCAUUGAUAGGGGGAUGUAAGUUUGGGGUUGGGGCUGCAGGAAUAGAGGUGUAUAAUUUCGGUAGGUUUUGGUUAAAAGUUCUAACAAAUUAGGAAUUACUUCGUGCGCUUCUUUCGAUCUUUUUUCUUUCUCUUUGAUAUAACUUUGCUGGGUUGUAGAAUAUGUAGGGUGCAGAGGCUUAGGGUUUCAUUUCAGACGCAUCCCUGUUAAUCCCUUAGGCAUGUUCUUUUCAACCCUGUUUGUAUGGGGUACUUUUUUUUUUUGAGCCA